AGGGCAGGUUCUGUAAAGCCAAGCCACCUUGUGCAGGGGACAUUAGGGAACAGGACCCACCUGUCCAUCUAGGACAUCAGUCUCUGGUGGGCCUGGACCAUGGGCAACGUCAUGGAGGGCAAGUCGGUGGAGGAGCUGAGCAGCACCGAAUGCCAUCAGUGGUACAAAAAGUUCAUGACGGAGUGUCCCUCCGGCCAGCUCACACUCUACGAAUUCCGCCAGUUCUUUGGCCUCAAGAACCUGAGCCCCUCGUCCAGCCAAUAUGUGGAGCAGAUGUUCGAGACUUUUGACUUCAACAAGGAUGGCUACAUUGACUUCAUGGAGUAUGUAGCCGCGCUCAGCCUGGUCCUCAAGGGCAAGGUGGAACAGAAGUUACGCUGGUAUUUCAAGCUCUAUGACGUCGAUGGCAACGGAUGCAUAGACAAGGACGAGCUGCUCACCAUCAUCCGGGCCAUCCGAACCAUUAAUCCCUGGAGCGACUCAUCCAUGAGCGCCGAGGAGUUCACAGAUACCGUGUUUGCCAAAAUCGACAUCAACGGGGACGGGGAACUGUCUCUGGAGGAGUUCAUGGAAGGCGUCCAGAAGGACCAGAUGCUCCUGGACACGCUGACCCGAAGCUUGGACUUGACCCGCAUUGUGCGCAGACUCCAGAAUGGUGAACAGGAGGAGGCAGGUGCUGGUGACCCCGCAGCAGAGGCUGCGGGCUGAGCCUCACCGCAUGCUGAGGGUUGGCCUGGGCGGUGCCUGAUGUGGUUGUCUUGUUCUUGUCUUAAUUGCAUUACAUAGACUCUCCUGAAC